AUGGAAACAAUCAAGAUUUGUCUGCGAAAAAUGCAGCACCAUUAUUCGCCAUUGAAAAAACUGGAAAAUUUACUGCGAGUAAUAUUUCUGGCGAUUGGCCGUCAGCAGCCCUCCGACAGUCCCAGUGGUGAUUUGGAAAACUGCGAUCCCAGCGGUGUUGGCGGUGGCAGCAGCACUGUCGAAAGCAGCAAAAUUAAAGCAUUGCCACCUGCAGACGGUUGA